UUUAGUGACUCAGCACGAGGAGUUUUGGAUAGAAAAGUUGUUUAGUACUUUUUGAAUGCAAACAAAAAACAAAAAAGCAAGCACAACAUGGACAAAUAAAUGUAACUACUACCUCUAGAUUUAUGCCGUUUUCUCCUGUCUAGACAUAUCGUGCAUGUUAUAUAGAACAAGGUUAUUAUACGUAGCUGGAACCUAGUUUACCACCAGAAUGAGUCGAAAACAAAAUGCUUUAAGAGUUAUUUCCUUGGUAGUUGGCUGUCUUGGAAUGGCCACGGCAGGUGUCAUUUAUGCUUUUGGCGCAUAUAUCAACGCGGUGAAGAAAAAGUUUGACUACAAACAGUCAGAAGUCGAUCUUAUGGGAUCCUUGUCAAAUUUUGGUGUCACCUUCGCUUUUCCAGCUGGAAUAUUAUGCGAGAGAUUUGGACCUAGAUGGACUUCGUUUGUUGCAAUAGUAUUUUCCGGAACUGGAGCUAUCUUGUUAUGGUCAACAACUAUUUCAAGAGACUAUUAUGAGGAAAGACCUGUUUUGCAGUAUCUGUAUUACUUUUUGACAGGGUAUGGUUCUGCAUUCAUUUACAUGGCUUCACUAAUGACAAAUAUGAACAAUUUUCAUCCCAAGAAUAGAGGAAAGGUCGUGGGCAUUUUAGAUGGAUGUUUCAGUGCAGGGCCUGCCAUCACAGCAUUUCUCUAUGGGCUUGUAUUUGUAAACGGUCAUACAUAUGACGAACAAAACCAAAACCUAAAAGGAUUUUAUCUUACAUGUGCAAUAGUAUAUUUUGGAGUAGGAUUUCUUGGUAUGAUAUUCAUUCGUCCAUUUCAGUUCAGUGCUGAUACCGAAAUCAAACGAUUGCUUGACGAAGGAGAUACCGAUGACGAAACAUUGGUUGUUAAUCAUGUGACCGGAUGGACACUUUUCAAGACGUUUGAUUUUCAGUUUAUUUUGUGGUCUUGUACAUUUGCAUCAAGUUUACAGCUGAUGGUUCAAAGCAACAUUGGAACUUAUCUCAAAUCAUUUAGUCUCGACAAAUAUACAACUCUGUUUACGACCAUAAAUCCUAUAGCACAAGUCGGAUCAAAAGUGUUUGCUGGAUUUUUAUCCGACUUUCUCCUGGAUCGAGUUCCUCGUGUAGCUGUUUUAUUGACAUUUACCCUUAUUCAGUCAGUUUUUCUGACAUGUUGUAUAUUCUUUCCAAAUCACUUUGCCAUGCUACUAUUCUUAGUUAUUAUAGUAGGUAUGGCUAAUGGAUCGUUAUGGUGCUUAACACCGACAAUCACUGGUGAAAAUUAUGGAAUGAAAUAUUUCGGAAGAAACUGGGGGUUUAUAUUGUUUGUUACGGGUAUUGGUGGAUUAGCAAUACAAGAACUGUAUGGGUGGACAUACGAGAUGGCCAUACCAUUUAAAAGCCAAAAAGAUUGUUACGGGACCCAUUGUUUUACAUGGAGUUUCACAAUUGCUGCUGUUUUAUCUUUUUGUGCAUCUCUUUUGUAUCUGGCUUUAUACGAAAAGCAGCAUAUAAAAUUAAAAUUUAAUAAAAAUUGA